AUGCAUUUUGCCUCCGACCAGCCUGCAUUCCGCCCUCGCAGUCAAGAUUCGACCCACGAUCCAUCGCUCGCUCUGUUUUGCGGCCCUCCAUUCAAUAUUACAAUCGGCCCUAGUCACCACGACUCGGACUCCUCUUUUACCGACGAGGAGGACUCUUCGGGGGUUGAAGUCUCCCCACCUUCCACCGGGAGUCACGAUUAUCGAGAUCCCUACGAUGAAUGGGCGGGAUUACCAUACCCUGACGAACUGAAACCAUCCGACUCGGCCUCCCGGCCUAGAACCUCUCACCGUACCCGGAGCCGCAACCCAAUCCAUGGCUCAUCUGCGGCCCGUCGCCAUUCAAUGAGGAACCAUAACGUCAUUCCGGACCGGGAGCAAUAUUCUUCUCGAAGGCGCCGAGCGCCGUCCCCAGAAUCCCCGGAGAGCGCGGAUUCGGCGGAGGAGUAUGGACAUCUCUAUGGCCGAAUGCCCCAUGGAAGGGGAGGCUGGCCGCCUGCCAGCCAAGGCCUGGGUUACGCCAACAGCACCUCCCCGGUGCCCUCCUACGUUUACCCCAACGGAGGUGUUCCCCAUGCACCGUUUGGACACCCGAACGGUACCCACCCCGCUACGGAUCAGCUUAUAAGAGUUGGACCCCACAACCAAUUUGGCCAGUCGAACCCAUAUGGACAUCCAGCAUAUCCAUACGGCCCAGUGCAGCAGCCACCUGGUCCCGUACCACCGUACUUUCCCCACGACCCUCAUCAGAUUCGUACCGCACACCAUACGCCAUCAUCAACACACUCCAGAGGCGAUGGCCAUAAUCAACAGCAUCCGCUACCCCAUCCCCUACAUUCUCACAGCCCGACGCCCUUUAACGGUCCCCUGGGGUCGCAUGAAAUGGUUCCUUACGGACCGGGGCCCUUUUACAACCCGAGAGAACCCUUCUCCAUGGUUCCUGGGGCCAUGUCGCCCUAUUACAACCCAUAUGCUCGUGCGCCGUCUCCAAGCCAAUUGGAAUUGGCGGGCCCCCUGGCUGUUGCUGCGGCGCCGCCAGCAGAUGCAGCAAAGGACGAGGCAUUGGCUCGGUUGGAAAAGUUGAUUCUGGACGAAAAGCUCGAGCGCGAGGCUAGGGACAAACGGGAGGAAGAACGAGAGCUUGCGCUGAAGCAGGCGGCCGAAGCCAAAGCGGCAGAGGAAGCACGGGUCGCUCAUGAGAAGAAAAUCACCGAGGAGGCUGCUGCCCGUGCCAGAGAAGAAGCGGAGAAAAAGGCCGCGGAAGAAGCGGCCAAAGCAAAGGAGGAGGCUGAGAAGGCAGCACAGGACGCGGCUGCAGAGGCUGCAGCAAAGGCUACGGAAGCAGCAAAUGAAGCUGCGCAAAAACAAUUGGAAGAAGUCAAGAACGCAGCCAAGGCACCGGAGAAGCCAAAGCCUAUCAAGUUUAAGGAUGCUGUUGGAAGAAAAUUCAGUUUCCCCUUUGAUCUGUGUCGUACUUGGCAGGGCAUGGAGGAACUCAUCCGACAAGCUUUUCUUCACAUAGAGGUCCUCGGCCCGCAUGUCGCCGACGGCCACUACGAUUUGAUAGGGCCCAACGGAGAUAUCAUUCUUCCUCAGGUUUGGGAAACGGUCAUUGAACCUGACUGGACUAUAACAAUGCACAUGUGGCCAAUACCCGAGAAGCCAAAGGAUCCUGAGCCAGAACCACCUGCGGAGCCCGCCCCAGAGGCUCCCGCUCCUGAAGCAAAGAAGCCAGGCCCAAAGAAACCCAAGCCUAAACCAGAUCCUGGUGCUUUUGCUAUGUGGAUGGUGGGCAGCAGUCAACGUGCGCGGCUGAACAAGGCUUUAAAAGUGGGAAAAAAGCCUAGAGUAGUCCAACACGGCAGUGUUUGCCGUGUCAUGUGA